CAUGGAUACUCUAAUGUGUUGUCGAGUGUACAGCUUGGAUAGCUACUUUUCAUAUGAUACGUCCAAAGUAGUGCGUAUUAAAGACUAUCGUCUUGGCGUGGCUUAUUACAUAAUGAUGAUUGCCAUUAUUGUGUACAUUGUUUACACAUUAGUUGUAAAUGGAUCUUAUCUCGACAAAGGUCCGCCCGUUGCAGGUUCCAUCAGAAUCAGUGCACAACUUCCAGAUAUGAGCCAAUUACCUAUACCCAGCUAUUGCACAUCAACAGCAAAAAUCUCGGGAUGUUUGUUUUGGACAUCCGAACAGAUUGUGUAUCCAUUUUCUGGUGAACUCGAUACUAUUUUUUUGACUACUCGCGCAUCCAUCGUCAGCACUCCACCGCCGCCGGUUCAAUGUGGAUCAUACCUUAAUGCAACAUCAUCACUGUGCACGCCUCCACCAUAUACUACACUCAAAUCUUUGCGCAAAACAUACUACAUUGCCAAUGUAGAAAAUAUCACGUUACAGAUUGAUCAUUCCGUGCGAAUACAAACAGCUGGGUCACUUGGUGCAGCUACAUAUGAUACAAUUGCAGCGGUAGAAAUGAAGGGGAAAAUGUUGAAGGGGUGCACAGGAAAUUCCGACAAUUAUUUACCUCAGCUAAGAUUUGACAGUGAGUACCGUGCCAGUAAUCAAUACAACACUUCAUUGGACGUGGUUAGUGUCAAUGAUGUGCUGGAGAGUGCAUGGUGUGCAGGGAUUGGUAAUCAGACUGGUUUGGAUUCAGCUUCGACUGCUAAUGGUGCAUAUGUUGGCGAGGCUUGGAGAUCUUCUGGAAUGGUGAUAUCAACCCCCAUAGCCUACACAAAUCGGUUGACAGUUGGGCAACAAGGGUAUAUCAAAUACUCGUAUAUUCCAUCAAUUGUUAAUGGAUCAGAGUUUACUAUUCUACAAUCGCAACUCAAUGCGGAUGGAUCGAUAACCUAUAUUGAUCGACACGGUAUUCGUAUUGUGUUUGCACAAACAGGAAGUAUUGGCGUUGUGAGUUUUCUUGCAUUGACAAUCAAUUUUGCAGCUGGAUUGGGUCUUCUUAGUGUUGCUACGCUUAUUUGCGAUAUGUUGCUGUUGUAUGUUUUCCCUCGAAAAGAAAAGUACGCGGCAUGCAAGAUUCAACAGACGGAGGAGUUCAACUUGGCAAAUGUUGCUCGUACUUCUAUUGUUUGAUUGAACUGGUGUGAUUAUGUCAAGAAUACAAAGCCUAGAACGGUGUUUAAAUAGGCUUGCGGGACACUUUUAUCGGUUAUGAUUGGAUUUAUGACAGUCUUUUGACCCAAAUCUAUUAAAAUAAAAUUUGAAAUACCAAAUGGUCAGUGC